CUUUUUCGGCCGCACCGAAUCGACAAGGGUUCCCUCGUGGAAGACACCGAGAUCGCUCAAUCGCAGCGAACUCCCUCACACAGCACAGCCAGCAAGAUGUCCCAGAAGCUCAUGAUGGCCGCCACGGCCGCCAUGAUGAUGGUGGCCGCCGCCAACGCCGACGCCGCCAUCAUCCCCCAGGAGCAGAAGGCCGCCGAGAUCGAGCGCCAGGCCCGUUCCGAUGAGGCCGGCGCCGUUGUCGAGGCCAAGUCCGCCGAUCAGAAGGUCGCCAAGACGGGCGCCGCCGCCAAGACGGGCGCUUCUUCCGCCGAGGCGCGCAAGGAGCGCCGUCCUCGUGACGACGACGAGGAGGAGGACGAGGAGGAGGACGAGGAGGAGGAGGAAGAGGAGGAGGAGGAGGAGGAGGAGGAGGAAGAGGAGGAGGACGAGGAGGACGAGGAGGAUGACGAGGACGACGAGGGCAAGAAGGAGGAGAAGCGCAAGCGCAAGGCCGCCAAGAAGGCGGCCAAGAAGGCCCGCAAGCGCGCCAAGAAGUCUCGCAAGCACCCCACCCCGCCGCCCGAGCCUACCUCCGAGCCCUCGAAGCCCAAGCCCACGCCCACCUCGGUGCCCAAGCCCACCAGCGAGCCCUCCAAGCCCAAGCCCACCCCGACCGCGGUGCCGAAGCCCACCCCCACCACCAAGCCCUCCAAGCCCCGGCCCACCAAGCCGUCCAAGCCUCGGCCCACCACCAAGCCCUCCAAGCCCAAGCCCACCAGCAAGCCCUCCAAGCCCAAGCCCACCAGCAAGCCGAUCGUCCGGGAGUGCUCUUGCCCGGCUGGCGAGAUGGUGUCCUGCUUCCGCAACGAGCGCGACUGCUUCACCAACAGCAACUCCAUCACCUGCACCGAUGUGGCGGUCUGCGUGUCCAAUGGCAUGAUGGUGUACAGCUGCAGCGGUAGCCCCAAGGUUUGCCGCCGGACCAGCGACUGCUCCUCCAUCCCUGACGGCUCCGGCGAGCAGGAUCCCCACUUCUCGGCCUUCCACGGCCGCCAGUACUACUUUGAGGGUCGCUCCGGGCACAGCUACAACAUCAUCUCCGACAAGACCUUCCAGGUGAACGCCCACUUCAUCCGCCUCGAGGCGCUGAAGGGCACCUACAUGGGCCGCCUCGGGUUCCUGAUCGGGUCGCAUGUGCUCGGCUUCGACCCCGGCUUCGGUGCCUUCCUCAAUGGCCAGCAGCUGCCGGUCGGCUCGCUGGAGCUUCCCGAGGCCGAGAUUGACCUCGAGCACAUUGACGGGCGCUGGCGCCUGUCCGUCCGGACCGAGGUCUGGCAGGUGACCGCCCGUACCAAGGUCGAGAAGGGUCUCAUGCAGGAGAUGUACACCAACCUGCAUGUGUCGCUGCUCGGCAAGCCCGAGUCCCCGCACGGUAUUCUCGGCCAGACUGCCCAGUUCAUCGUCGAUGGCGUUGAUGCCACCGAGGCCGCGAAGAACUUCGCCCUCAUUGGUAAGGAGCUGGACUACGAGCUGCGUGAUGGCAUUUUCGGCACCGACUUCGAGUACAACCGCUUCGACACCAAGUCGGCGGCUGCCUACUCGGCCGAGGUGUCUGGCGAGGCGCUGUCCGCCCGGACUGCCAAGCGCCAGGGCCGCACCAUGUUCGAGGCUGCCGUCGACAUGGCCAGCCACUAAAUGUGCCCGUGCGCCUGAG